AAUGAAUGUUCCGAAUUGAUGGAAGAAUGGAGAGGUCUAAUUCCAAUCUGGCCGCGUUGUGGCAGCGGGGAAAUUAGAUUAGAAAAUGGAGAAACCAUGGCGAUGGGUGGGCCCCUCCUCCAGGCUCCUCGCCUUUAUUGAGUCGGCUCGACUCUUCCCGCUUUACCUAUCACAGUACUACAUGGAGAUAGCGAGGAAGGCAGGAGAAAGCUGAAACAGGAUUUCCUUGCACAUCUCGUCAAGGACAAAUGGCAGGCUUUGUUGGCGUGCUAGUGUCGGAUCCAUGGCUGCAGAGCCAAUUCACUCAGGUCGAACUUCGGGCUCUCAAAUCACAUUUCGUUCAUAUGAAAGCCCAGACAGGGCAUGUUACAGUAGCCGAUUUGGCCUCCGGAAUGGCAAAACUCAAAGCUUUUCAGGAUUUAUUCACCGAGGAAGAAGUGGCAGCGAUUCUUGCCAAAUAUUACCCCAGUGCCAGUGCUCAACAAGAGAUAGAUUUUGAAGCUUUUCUUAAGCUGUACCUUAACAUGCAGACCCACGCCAGCACCAAAAGUGGUGGUACGGGCAACUCAUCCUCGUUUCUAAAGGCAGCCACAACUACUUUGCUUCAUACAAUUAGUGAAUCUGAGAAGAAAGCAUAUAUUGCCCACAUCAAUAGUUGCUUCGAAGAGGAUCCUUUUAUGAAAAGAUUCCUUCCAAUUGAUCCUUCCACAAAUGAUCUAUUUGAGAUAGCUAAAGAUGGAGUCCUCCUAUGCAAAUUGAUCAAUUUGGCAGUUCCUGGAACUAUCGACGAAAGGACUCUAAAUACUAAAGAUAAACUCAAUCCAUGGGAGAGGAAUGAAAAUCAUACUCUCUGUCUGAAUUCUGCAAAAGCUAUUGGGUGCACGGUUGUCAAUAUCGGAACCCAGGAUCUGGUUGAAGGAAGGCCUCACCUUUUACUUGGUUUAAUAUCUCAAAUUAUCAAGAUACAACUUCUUUCAGACCUUGACCUGAAGAAAACACCUGAGCUUGUUGAGUUAGUUGAUGAUAGUAAGGAAGUUGAGGAGCUGAUGAAUCUAGCUCCUGAGAAGGUUUUGCUGCGGUGGAUGAAUUUUCAUCUUCGCAAAACAGAUUUUAAGAAAAUUAUUUCAAAUUUUUCCUCUGAUCUCAAGGAUGGAGAAGCAUAUAUUUAUUUGUUGAAUGCCCUUGCUCCAGAGCAUUGUAAUUUUUCUCCUUUGGAAUCAAAAGACCUGAUGGAAAGGGCCAAAUUGAUUUUGUUGCAAGCAGAAAAAAUAAAUUGUAGAAGAUACUUGACCCCAAAGGACAUUGUUGAGGGAUCUACAAAUUUGAACCUUGCAUUUGUUGCUAACCUUUUCCAUCAAAGGAAAGGAUUGUCAUUGGAUUCAAACAAGGCAUCCAUUGCUGAGACAGUAAAAAAUGAUGAAGUUGCAAGAGAGGAACGAGCUUUCCGCUUUUGGAUAAAUGGUCUUGGCAUUGAGUCAUACAUCAACAAUUCUUUUGAAGAUUUGAGAAAUGGGUGGGUCUUGCUGGAGGUACUUGAUAAGGUGGUUCCUGGGAUUGUUAACUGGAGACUUGCUAACAAGCCUCCAAUAAAGAUGCCGUUCAAGAAAGUGGAAAAUUGCAACCAAGUUAUUAGGAUUGGGAAGCAGCUAAAGUUCUCGCUAGUGAAUGUUGCUGGGAAUGACAUUGUGCAAGGAAAUAAAAAACUUAUUCUUGCUUUCCUCUGGCAGUUGAUGCGCCAUAACAUUCUUCAGCUUCUGAGGAACCUGAGACAUCAUUCUCAAGGCAAAGAGAUAACAGACACUGAUAUUUUGCACUGGGCAAAUGAAAAAGUGAAAAGCUCUGGCAGAUCUUCUCAAAUGGGAAGCUUUAAGGAUAAAAGUCUUGCAAAUGGAAUUUUUUUCCUUGAACUUAUAAGUGCCGUGGAACCUAGGGUGGUCACUUGGAAUAUUGUCACCAAAGGGGAGACUGAGGAAGAGAAAAAGUUGAAUGCUACUUACAUAAUCAGUGUUGCCCGAAAGCUGGGAUGCUCCAUAUAUCUUCUGCCAGAAGACAUCGUGGAGGUUCACCCUAAAAUGAUGCUUACACUGACUGCAAGCAUUAUGCUUUGGAGUCUUUCAAAUCGAACUGGUGAAAAUAAUUCUCCCAUGGCAUCAGAACUUGAAACCGAAAUAGCGCCAGCUAGCAUCUCCACUGCAGUUGAUGAUUGUGCUUCAGAGGCCUCAUUACCUGCUGAAAAUGGAAUCCAGAAUGCGAGUUCAUAGUGUUUUUUCGUAGAAACUGUUGUGGUCAUUAAUUAUUUAAUUCAUUUAAGCUUCUCCAUAAUAUUUUAGCUUGCAUAAAUUCAUGUUGUAGAGUUUGGUCCUAUUUUUUAGCCCCAUUUAUACAAGUUUGUCGCUAGGCAAACUUUGAUUUGUACUCAUAUCUGUGGAAUCAUAUCUUCUAGAGAGCAGCAUUUUGUAUAUAAAUACAAUGCGAGACCAUCUUGUAACAAGAAUUUCAAAUCUGAGAUAAACGCUAAAUCAGAUGGUGUAUAUACAGCUGUCACAGAUUAGAAAGAAUCCUAAUUUUGAUUGACAUUGAGCCACAUGGCUUAGUUGAGUUUUGCUUUGAUGAUUGGAUUAUGUAUUUUCAUAUUAUUGGAGUCAAUUGCAUUCAAAUAGCUUGUCUAUGUUCUAUUA